AUGCUUCUUUUUGGGACACCAAUGAGACGAUUUCCACGAGUGAAAAGCGAAAGAGUUUUUAUCAGUUCAGUUUUUAUAUUGAGCUUAAACAUCGUUGCACUGUUCCAGUCGAGCUUAGCAAUGGUGUUUAUAAAACCAAUGUUCUACGAAAACAUUGAUACCCUCGAGAAGCUUAGCGAAGGGAAUCAAAAUAUUAUUAUAAAAUAUCCAGCUAUGCUAAAUGACCUUUUUCCGGAAGACUCUUCGGAUACUUUCCGUGACUUACACAAUAAAAUGAAGCUGAUAACGAAGAGUUCUGUUGGUCCAAGGGAAAUAAUUGAAAACCUACACAUGGCAACAGUUACGAGAAAACAAAACUUCAACAUGCAUUCGAUUUAUAAUGACUACCAUAUGGUUGCUGAAUGUCCGAAACAUUACAACUUGGCUUAUAUCUUCGCCAAACAUUCCAUUUACAGUGAAGUCAUCAACGCUCUUAUUUUAGAUAUCGUUCGGUUUGGACUCAUGAAUAAAUGGAUAAAUGAUGUCGAAUAUGAAUCAAAACUUAAAAAUAAUUUAGGCAUCCAAGAUGUUGUUUCAAAGUCUCUCACCCUUAAUGACCUACAGCUGCCAUUCUUCACUGUGAUUUUCGGUCAAGCUUUAGCAGUUGUUGUUUAUAUAAUUGAAUUCUUUGUGAAGUUUAAAACCAAGGCUGAACAUGGGAUUAAAACAGCAAAUUAA